AUGCGCAAGCUGCAGGCUGCCCCCCGGAAGCGGCUGAACUUCCUGAAAACUUGCCAGCCGCAGGCCUGCCAGGGCAGCAGAGAGGGGGGCGGCUGGGUGCCCAGAGCGCCGGCUCCGCAUCCCGCCCGGCAGGCGCCCGGCCCGGCCUCCACGUGCACUUCGCUCCUCGCAAAGCGCUGUCACGACUCGGCGGCGGAGGUGAUUAAUUAG